AUGAACUUUGGUGAUCUUCAAUCUGACGAUGGACUUGUUUUACUCAAUAAUUUCCUUGCUGAUAAAUCAUAUAUCGAAGGAUAUUGUCCAAGCCAAGGUGAUGUUGUUGUAUUUGAAGCUGUAAAAAAAGUUCCAUCGGCUGAUCUUGAAAAUGCUCUUCGAUGGUAUAAUCAUAUUUCUUCAUUUGAUGAUGCUGAAAGACAAAAAUUCCAAGGUCAACGUCAAUCGCUUGAAUAUUAUAAACGACAAGAUAAUCAAGAAAAACAUGAAUCGAAAUUAUCUUCUGUUAAUCCAGAUGACGAUUUUGAUUUAUUUAGUAAUAAUGAUAAUGAAGAAGAAAGUGAAAUUAGAAAACAACGUGUAAAGGCUCAUAUCGAGGAAAAUGCUAAAAAACCAGCUCCUAUUGCAAAAAGUGGAAUUAUUCUUGAUGUUAAACCGUGGGAUGAUGAAACAAAUAUGGAAGAACUUGAAAAAAAUGUUCGUUCAAUUGAAUUAGAUGGACUUAUUUGGGGUACCUCUUGUUUCGUGCCAAUUGCUUACGGAAUCAGAAUAUUAAAAAUUGCUUGUGUCAUUGAAAAUAAAGUCAGUACGGAUCUCCUCGAAGAACGUAUUACUGAAUUUGAAGAUCUUAUUCAAUCUGUUGACAUCGCUUUAUUUCGAAAUACGCCACAGAAUGAGGAGAAAUCAUUCCUUCAACAUCUUAGUGUUGUGGAGUCAGCAGAUGUAAGUUGA